ACCACCUCACCUCAUCUUUCACCGGGCUUUGAGAGGAUCUUACCUCGCUCACCUUACCCCGAGCAAUUCUCUCUCUCUCUUCCUAUCAUCUCACCCUUUGAACCAAUUACCUUCUUUUUUCCGCCAGUCAACCAACACCGACGUUGGCCGCGACCAUCGGAUUCUCUCGCCUCGCACCUUCAACCCCCCCGUCCUAUCCAGAUUCGGCAUAGGGCCUCUCGCGUGGUACGACAAAGGGAAAGUCGACCCCCUAGCUCAUCGGAGACUACCUACCUACACCUUAACCGCAAAUCCUUGUGUCCGUUGCUUGUUCGCCAUCGCUGUUGCACCCUUACCUAUUACUUCAGCAAAGCAAGGUUCCGAAACUUUUUUCCCUCUAACCCUUCCCUGGCGGCGGCGUCGGUCGGUCGUUCCUUUCCAUUUGCUCAGCUUGACCUCAUCUCCCCCUGCACUGCACCGCACCUGCUGCUACAUACUACGACUUGCUCAGUGCUCACUGCUGCGGCUGCUGAACCACCCGCCCCUCGACCGGCCGUGUGGCACCUUAUUUUAGUUACCCGUCAACCCGAUUCAGAUUCCACAAACCACAUUUCUUCCUGCACACGACCACAUAGCUAUCCGCCCUCCGAGGCUGCGAUCACGACGGCAUCUUACUCCCUUCAGCCUCUGUGCGCCGUUCCGUCGGCCUCGUCGAGAUGGCUUCCAAUACAGGAAAGGCUGGAGUGAUUGUCGCUCCCGACGACGCUGGCAACAUGGACAAGCUUGCACACGCUGUCCUCGACGAUCUCAUGUACAACAUUGUACAUGACCUGCUGCUCAAAGUCCACCGCGACGAGAAAAUGGCGAGAGCGUCCACCGCUGCCAUUCGUGUCGAGAAGCUGGCUUCCGAUGCAUCAGAGAGCUCUACCCCCGACUCGAAGCCAGACGUGCGAAUAGAGACCGACGCUGCGAUAUACGAAGACGGCAAGGUUCUGCUCAAGGGCAACCCCCUCAAGACCACAUCCGAGAUCCUGUGCCCCAGAUGCCACCUACCUCGCCUGCUCUACCCGACCGAUGGCAAAGGCGCGCGAAAGCCCGAUCCAAGCGUCAUCUACUGCAAGAAGCACCCCUACAUCGACAAGCCCGGCUACGACAUUUACGGGCAGACCUGGGUUCAGCCUGGUCCCGGCCGCGGCAAGAAGAAGAAGGAUAUGAAGCCCGAUCCGAAUAUCGAGUCAGCCGGUCCUGGAGAAGCGCGACCAGCCAACGUGCUCUCAUUUCCCUCCGCAACCUGCAGCAAGUGCAAACGAUGCAUUCUUGUCACCCGUCUCAACAACCACAUGGGCUCUUGCAUUGGAAAUAGCGGACGCAAUGCCAGUCGCGCUGCGGCAGCAAAGAUCUCAAAUGGCAGCAAUGGCGCUAGCCAGCACGACGGAACACCCCCAUCAAGCCAAAAGGCAACACCGGCGCCUGCAUCGCGGGCCUCGAGCCCUAAGAAGCGCGACAGCGAGGAGGUGGCGGCACCUGAAGACGAGGACGAAUCGGGAGACAGCCAUAAGAAGAAGAAGUUGAAGUCGACGCCCUUGAUGACAAAAAAGGUCAUCCUCAAAACAAAAGGUCCUAAGAAGGAAAAGGUGAAGACGAGCUCACUUUUGAGUCGUGAGGCAAAGGCGGACGACGGCGACAACUCUACCGUUGAAGUUGCGCCAAAGAAGGAGAAGAAGGAAGCCAAGGGCAUUAGUCCGGCCAAGAAGCUGAAGCUCGGUGCCGCCAAGCCGCCCUUGUCCUCGCCGUUAUCCAAGAAUGGUCGGAACGGGAAAGAGAAGGACGAAGAUGCAGAGUCAGAAUCGUCCGGCACAUUGUCGUCGCCGCCACACUAGAAGCCUGGCAGCACGACGAGCGGCACAACGGGCGGCAAAACGACCAGCGCAACGAGCAGCACAAAGACCAGCUCAAAACCCAGUGUCAAAAGAACGGCCGGCUGUGGUCUUAGGAGACCAAGCGAGUUGUUGGCUAUGAAGCGCACAUCGGCGCCUUCGUCAGUCAAACGCUCACCUCCACAGUCGAAGCCGCAGCCGCAGCCGCAGCCAACUCGACAGCGACUGGCGUCUGUCUCAAGCACCUCUUCCGUUCAAAGCAACUCUUCUGGUCGUUCUACCGCAAACUCGAACUCGCCGGAACCUUCUCAAGACACGGUUCGAUCCACGAGACGGGUUUCACGUUCCAAGACCACUGGAAGUCGAACGCCUCCAACUGAAGGCAAAAAGCCCGCCAAAAGUCGAUCUACCGUUCAGGCCCAGCCGCCAGCCCGAGGUAAAAAGAGAGCCUCGGAUGAGCAUGAGAAACGGGCCAACAAACGGCGUCGCUCUUGAUAUCGCUCCUUUGUAUCCAUUACCACAAUUUUUCCUUUCAGUGUCCCGGGCCCGGCGUCAGAUAUCAGCCGGGAUGGGCAUACCUUACUUCUCUGGGCCGCACUCUACGACGAAAGAAUAGGGUCGUGGGACUGGCAACAGAGCCAGGUUCCUGGCCGAUUUCUUCUUUUCUUUCUGUACUCAUCAAAAAUCUGAAGCCCUGGUCGACGAGAAGAUCGACAUUCGAUACACGAUACUCAACAAUGCAUGGUCAGGGAGUCAGUCGGGGAAGGUCUUCUAGGGAUGAGGAGGUUUCCUCCCUCCAUACUCGUGUGCAUCGCCUGGCGAGGCGGAUGGCGGCGUUUAGAGAUUGCGGCUACAUUUUAUAGGCAUUGUGACAAAUGAUAUUGAUUCCCCCCAUUGA